UGCGCAGGGUUGACAGCGAACCAGCGCAGCGUUCUUCACAACAGCCAGCUGAUGACAGCCAGCUAGCCAGCUAGCCGCAGCGCGACGCCGUCUUUGCGGUCCUGUUUCCGGCUACACACUCACCGUCACACUCCAGCUGAAGUCCUGCGGGAGCGACGUUACUGAGAUUAGUCCACACGAGGAUGGCGGUGGUACUUAGAGGCCUCGGCAGCUCUUCGUCUGUGUAGUUAGCUAGCUGGAGUUGAUAGCGGUGAAUAGCAUCAACGCUAGCUGGCUAAGUUGCGGCGGUUCGGUACGAGCUGCCACCGGAAACCAGUCGUCAGCCAUGGGAAUACUAUUCACGAAGCUGUGGCGGCUGUUUAACCACCAAGAGCACAAAGUUAUUAUCGUGGGCCUGGACAACGCCGGCAAGACCACAAUCCUCUACCAGUUCUCAAUGAACGAGGUGGUGCACACCUCGCCCACCAUCGGGAGCAACGUGGAGGAGAUCGUGGUCAACCACACCCACUUCCUGAUGUGGGACAUCGGGGGCCAGGAGUCUCUGCGGUCCUCGUGGAACACGUACUACACCAACACGGAGUUUGUCAUCGUGGUGGUCGACAGCACCGACCGAGAGAGGAUCUCCGUCACCAAGGAGGAGCUGUGCAGGAUGCUGGCUCACGAGGACCUAAAACGGGCCGGGCUGCUGAUCUUCGCUAACAAGCAGGACGUGAAGGGCUGCAUGUCCGUGGCCGAGAUCUCCCAGAGCCUCCAGCUGACCUCCGUCAAGGACCACCAGUGGCACAUCCAGGCCUGCUGCGCCCUCACUGGGGAGGGGCUGUGCCAGGGCCUCGAGUGGAUGAUGUCCCGGCUGCGGGUGAGAUGAUGACCCCUUUGACCUCGCUCCUUGUGUCCGCCGCCCUCGGGGCUGGAUGGGAAGACGAGCUCCGGUCCGACGGGCCCCUCCUCCUCCUCCUCCUCCUCCUCCAACGCGGGACGCCGCUCUUCUCCUGUGAUCAUUUCUUCUACAAAAAGGACGUCUUGAACGGAGAGCAGGAGACAAACAAAAAAGAAAACACAACUUUUGUUGCCGGUGGCGUCUGAACAACGAGACACUUGAAUUAUUUAAACUGAAAUCUGUGCACGUUUUCCUUUUUCAGCAAACAGGUGGACUGUGUGUGACUUUAGCCCACGUGGCCUUGCAGUAUUGCCAGACAGGCUGUGGCACUUUUUAUUGCCCCCCCCCCCCCCCCCCCCCAGGGAGUGCCAGGCAGAAUUCUACUUUUUACGGGGUGCCUAAUGCAGAAUGUUGGCGUGAUGGCGGUGAAAGGGGGGCUGAAAACAUGCAGAAAAAAGGACUUCUUCUCUUCAGAGGAAUAAAGUGUGUUUCUGCUUCAGGGGAGCUGA